AUGCCCUGCUUUUCGCCAGCGGCUGUUCGGCUUCAACAUUGUCCGUCAACUUUAUACAUUCAGCCACCAUGGCAGCUUUUCAAGGCUGAAAGUACACGCGGCUACGCGCUCGUCAUUAUCGGCCCAUCUCGGCGCGCCUCUGGUGGCAAGAUGCUGGGAUGUUCCAUUACACCUAUACAGAACUUGAACGUUGUUACUGCCACCUGUAAUGCAUGCUCCUUUUACAGCAUUACCCAUGCUACUACAGUGCUUCUUCGGAUUCUUCCCGUUUCAAAAUCAGCCUAG